GGGUGGAGGAAACACACUCCAUGAGCUACACCAGACUGGGCCCAGUGGGAGGUCUCGGGGCUACAGGCGGGAUAGGAGGAAGUUGUUGGAAAGUCAGACCGGAAUGGCAUGGUGGAGAGAGAAGCGGCAACCAGGCAGAUGGUUCCUGCCGAGGAAGCACUGGGCACAGCUGCAGGCCCCCGACCCCCACCGCAUUAUCACUGUGACACAGCUGGCUGCCUCACCCCUGAAGGCUGCAGGAGGACCUCCCCCAUGCUGUCCCCAAGCCCGCCCCGUGUCACAUGAGGCCCUGCAGCCUCCCACCCUCCAUCCAGGGCCACAACCCAGCUCUGCCGGCUGUAGGGACUAGAAGGGCCUGGAGCCUUUGAGGAACGGAGCACAGGCUCCGAAACACCAAAGCUCCUCCACCCCUCCUGUUCUCUCCAGACCCCCAAGAAAUCAGAAAGGGUGCUUCAGGGUGGGCUCUGGAGGCCGGCCAGCUCACUCCAGCUCCAGGCACCCAUCAGUCUCCCGCUCCUCCAUCUUGCAGCUCCAUGUCUCAGGCGUCCACCACCACCCUGGAGAGUGGGGCACUCCUCUCAGGACCCCGGGGUCUUCAGAAUGGAAGCCCAGCCAACAGGAAGGAGAAGGCUGCAGCGAUGCCAGACUCCCCGGCUGAAGUGAAGACGCAGCCCCGGUCCACACCCCCCAGCAUGCCGCCCCCACCUCCCACUUCGUCCCAAGGAGCCACACGACCACCCUCCUUCAUACCUCACACACAUGGCGAGGAUGGACCCGCGACGUCUGUUUCCCAUGGCCGUUUCCACGGCUGCUUAAAGUGGUCCAUGGUCUGUCUCUUGAUGAACGGCAGCAGCCACUCACCCACAGCCAUCCACGGUGCCCCGUCUACACCCAAUGGCUUCAGCAAUGGGCCAGCCACCUCAUCCACCGCCUCACUGUCUACACAGCACCUGCCCCCGGCAUGCGGGGCGCGGCAGCUCAGCAAGCUCAAGCGGUUCCUCACCACCCUGCAGCAGUUCGGCAGUGACAUCUCACCCGAGAUCGGGGAACGCGUGCGCACACUGGUGCUGGGGCUGGUGAAUUCAACUCUGACGAUCGAAGAGUUUCAUUCCAAGCUCCAAGAAGCCACCAACUUUCCACUGAGGCCGUUCGUCAUCCCCUUUCUGAAGGCUAAUCUUCCGCUGCUACAGCGCGAGCUCCUGCACUGUGCCCGCCUGGCCAAGCAGACACCCGCCCAGUACCUGGCCCAGCACGAACAACUGCUGCUGGAUGCCAGCGCCACCUCCCCUGUCGACUCGUCCGAGCUCCUGCUGGAAGUCAAUGAGAAUGGCAAGCGGAGAACACCUGACAGGACCAAAGAGAAUGGGUCAGACCGGGACCCUCUGCACCCGGACCACCUCAGUAAGAGGUCCUGCACCCUGAGCCCUGCCCAGCGCUGCAGCCCUAGCAACGGGCUGCCCCAUCCUACGCCACCCCCACCCCCACACUAUCGCCUGGAGGACAUGGCCAUGGCCCACCACUUCCGGGACUCCUACCGACAUCCUGAUCCCCGGGAGCUACGGGAACGCCAUCGGCCCCUCGCCAUACCUGGGUCUCGACAGGAAGAAGUGAUUGACCACAGGCUCACGGAACGUGAGUGGGCGGAAGAGUGGAAACACCUCAACAGUCUCCUGAACUGCAUCAUGGACAUGGUGGAGAAGACACGGCGGUCCCUCACUGUGCUGCGCCGGUGCCAGGAGGCCGACCGUGAGGAACUCAACCACUGGAUCCGGUGCUACAGUGACUCUGAGGAGGGAAAGAAGGGCCCCACCCCCAUCUCUGCCCGGUCCCUCAACAGCUGCAGUGGCCCUGAGGGGUCUCAGCUAGACAUUCACCGGGACUUCACACCCAGAACCCUGUCUGGCUAUAUGCCUGAAGAGAUCUGGAGGAAGGCCGAAGAGGCUGUGAAUGAGGUGAAGCGUCAGGCGAUGUCAGAACUACAGAAAGCCGUGUCGGAUGCGGAGCGCAAAGCCCAUGAACUCAUCACCACGGAGCGUGCCAAGAUGGAACGAGCCCUGGCUGAGGCCAAGCGACAGGCCUCAGAGGAUGCCCUGACUGUCAUCAACCAGCAAGAGGACUCCAGUGAGAGCUGCUGGAACUGCGGACGCAAGGCCAGCGAGACUUGUAGUGGCUGUAACGCCGCACGCUACUGCGGGUCCUUCUGUCAGCACAAGGACUGGGAGAAACACCAUCAUGUGUGUGGCCAGAGUCUGCAGGGUCCCGCAGCUGCAGUGGCAGACCCACUGCCUGGACAGCCUGACGCCACUGCCAGCCCCAGUGAAGCCGGUUCAGCAGGGCCCUCUCGUCCCUGCUCUCCGGGCCCACCGGGCCCACUGGAUGCUGCUGUGCCCCGCUGACCUCCAGAUCUGACACCCAGCCCAUGGACGCCAUGCCCUGCCAACCUCCUGGCCCCACCGUGGCCCACCAGUUGCCUGGAGCUGGCCGUGUGGAGCCGCUGCUGCUACUGCUUCUCUCCAAAAGAAAACACAGAUCCAACAAAACUGCAUCCAUGCAGCCCCCAGCUACCUGACAAGGUCUGCCAGGACCUCCACAGCCUCUCUCCGCAAGCACCCUCAGAAAGCACCGCAGAGUUGCAGACAGUGGCACCAGCGGGAGUGUGGCCAGCUCCGCCGCUGUCUGUCCCCUCUGUGUCUGUCUCUCUGUGACUGUGUAUCUUUCUGUGUCUGCCUCUCUCUGUGUGUCUCUUGAUGUCUUCAUCUCCUUCUGUUUCCCUGACUCUCCUGUGUCUCUGUCUCUGUGCAGUCCACGUGAUUUCUCUGACGUCAGAGAAACCUAACUGGUAGCUUUUAUUUUCCAUGAAGAACUUUUGGAGAUUUUGUUUUGUUUUGUUGGCAAACAAGCUACUUAGAAAUGGACAAAGACGACUGUGGGGUUCUCCCCAUUCCUCAUGAGUAAGGGAAGAAACUGUGAUUUUUUUCUAUCCAGAGUUGCUGUAUCACCCAGCCAGCCCCGGGGGAUCGGCACAUACACACAGCAGAGGAUGAUAAGAACAAUUUCGAUUUCCAACUCAAGAAGCAGUUUUUGUUUCAGGUUUUAUUUCAUUUCUUUAAUGUCAAACUCUUUGGCUUUAAGUGAAAAAAAAAUGAAGAAGAAGAAGAAAAAAAUCCAAAAAGGUUUUUUUUUAAAAAGCAAAGGAAACAUACCUGUAAACUACCUUGCCAGCUAGCCAGCCAAGGAUGCCAGACACACCUCGCUCCAAAGGAAACCCAAAAAGCAAACUCAAGAAAUCAAAAUCCAAAAUUUAUUUUUUAUCACUGCCAAAGUACUUUCUUCAUGGUCUCUCCACCCUGGGUUGGUUUGGAUGUCAGUCUUUGGUUUUGGUUUUGAUUUCCGUCAGGGGGUGUUGGGAUACUGGGAUUUGGUGGGUUGGGCCAAGAGGAAACCUUUUGUUCCUGUUUGACUAGCGGGCAGCAUCCUUGCUGGGCAAAGCGGUCGGCAGCAAGGUCACAUGACCCUCAGCAGCACAUCCAGAAUCCCCAGUCAGCAUGAGCCUGAUCGGUGUGUCCAUGGGUCCCUACACUUAAGGGAGACACCUCCAUCUGUUCCCACGCCUUCCUGGGGCUUCUCAUAAGUCAUUUCCACUUGUGAAAAAAAAAAAGUGCUAAAGUGUUCUUCCCAGAGAGAGCACAAUUCCUAAAUGAAACUGUGACAAUCUUUUGGGUUGAUUCUUGACUGCUUUUGAGAGCAUAAGGAGACAGCGAAUCACGCUCUCUCGGUUUUCCCUUCUCUACCUCUCUGCUCUUUCAUCCCACCCUACCUCCAUCUCGGCCCUGUCACCCCACCCCCAGUGUCUUGCUGUGGCUACCCUCAUUUCUUUCAAACUUUUACAGAAAAAAAAGAAAAAAGGAAAAAAAAAAGCCAGCAGCCACCCGCACCCACACCUCACCUGGAAGACUCAAGCCCAGCUGUACAUAUCCCCGUGUUGCAAACCGAGUGUUGGUCUCCAGCCAUGGGGGUGACAGUGAUGCUUACUCACCUACACUCCAGCCCUUGCCCACCCUGUCCUCCACCCGCUCGACUCCCUCAAGGAUUCAAGGAGGAAAUGAAGGAAGAAGGCUCAUGCCUGUACCAAACAAAAAGAGACAGCAGACACAGUCCAGGUCUGCACCUCUGUAGUGGCUGCAGCAAGCUGCAGGCCUAGUGUGCAAUAUGGGGGCUUGCUCCUGGGCCCAGGGGGCCCUGCCCAGAGCAAGGUGUGCAGCGUGUGUUAAUGUGAAUGUACAUACUCUCCACAGAGGUCCCAACCAUGGCAUCAGUACCGAGGAGAUGUUUGCCAAAUAAAAAGAAAUUAAGACAAACCACAGAAGUAUGUGAAAUUUAGGAAACACUUUGAAAGGAAUCUGAGCUGUGGUCCUAUGGGCUUGUUUGGUGGCUGGUAUUUCUUCACAACUGUAUAAUCAUUCUUUAACAGAACAUUCUAUGGAAGGAUCCUGUUAGGCACCAUCAAGCUGGUGCUACCCUGGAAUGGAGCCUGACAGCAACCCUUGCUCUGAAGGCCGAGGUAGAUCUCAUUCCCUGGAAGGUUCCUGAGGCCUUGCCCUCCAAGGCCACAGAGAUGUAUUUUUGUGGGUUUCAGAGAAGCCAGGACACAUGGCGGCCUCCUGCCCUUCCUUCUAGUGGACCAGUCCUCCUGAGCAUCUGCCUGCGAACACUGGGUCUGUGUGCUGUGUAGAGACCUGCCUCCCGUCACAAGGAGCAUCGCUGGAUUCCAUUCCCAACUACACCCCAUGUGGUGCUUCUUGUCUCUGCUACCCCACAGCACACAGCAUCCUGGCCCUUCCAGGAGGGCAGGCCAGUGACCACUGGUAGGAAUGAGUUCUGGGUGACGGGGUGGUGAGCACCACGUUUGCGGGGAGUGGAGGGGACAACAAAGUUAGGCACUCAGGUUGUGCUUAAGAGCUGUAGUCUCUAGAGGUCUGAGCCAGGAGUCCUGAAGUGGCAUCCCUGAUGACCUAUGUCUCUGGCGAUAGGACUUCAGAGAGUCCCUGCUCCUAUGUGGUCCAGCCAUUCUGAGGCAGGUCUCAGAGGGCCACCAGUUUGCUUUAGUUCAGAUACUGCCUUUCCUACCCUUACCAGCCUUACCCACCUUUUAGAAACAAGAGGGCCCCCCACAGACAACAAAUGCUGCCCAGCCAAAUUCCUCUCCAUGAACCAGGCUACAAAUUUAGGGUUCAGCAGAGACCCCCAUCUAUACCUUAUACCCUAUAAUGUCUAUACCCUAGCUUUUGGGAGCAAUAGCCCCUCAAGGCAGCUGUCUGAUGGCAUUCAACCACUGUGCGUCUCUAGUGCGUGAGAUUUGGCCAGCAAUUGUAAACAUCAAGGGUGAGAGCCUGGCAAUCUGCUGGGCAGAGGUCAGGAGUCAAGGCAACUGCAGAGUCAGGGUAGCAGUGAGAUGGGGCUGUGACGGGUUAGGUGAGGAAGACGGGGCUGGAAGCAGCAGACGACAAUCCCAGGUGUAUUGAUGAGUUCACCUAAGGCAGUAUCCCCUGAGGCAGCAGGGUUGGAGGAUAAGGUAGGGUUGCUAAGCCAGGCGCUAAGGCCCUGGCAAAGCUGUAGGGACUGUGCUUAAACUCCAGCUACCCAAAGACCUUACAGCAAAACCGAACAACCUCAGAACUUUGGAGAGAACAGGGCCCAUGGGUGUUCUUUAUUGGGAGGUAUACCCUGGGUGGCCAUAACCACAGCCCACCCUUGGUUUCAACCUACAGUCUGCCUGGGGCAGAGCACGGUACUCCAUCCCUGAAUCCUGCUACCUUCUCUAGUUUACAAACCGUGGACUCAGGAACAACUAACUGCCAGACCCUGCCUCCUGGUAACCACAGCCAAACAUGAACCAAACCCCGUAGGGGAUGUGGCUCUCACAGAAUCUUGCUCCCCCAAAACUCCAAAUCAAAAUGCCACUUUACUUCCUGUUCUGUGGCCAAAGCUAACCCAGGAAGGCUGAGUGGGGAGGGCAGGUAGCAGGCAGAGCUCUCAAAUCCCCCCUGGCCCAGCCCAGAUCCCAUCUCAUGACCUUGUGGAUUCUUGGCACAAAUCCUGUCUCUCCCAGCCCUGCCUCAAACCCAGACUGGCCUUUUCCUGAGGGCUACCGCUUCUUUCCAGCAUGGUGGUCAGAUCUGCGGGGGAGCGGAGGCCAGUGGUUCUCACAGCUGUAUAGGAUCAGGCUAGAUGAUACCACAGCUCAGGUCCCGCUGCCUAACAGGGGUGCCAAGGUGAGAAGAGCCAGACCCCACAGGAGGGCCCAGAUGGAUUCAGUCAACAGGGACAUCUGUCAGAAGAUCUGAGAGGGUCGCUGGUGAUGGAGAAGGCUAAGAAUGGGAGGCAGGGCUGUGGACGGUGUUAUCUUGAGGCCACAGUGGACAGGGAUCAGGAUGGGCUCCAAAGUCCUCAUUUAGUUUCUCCAAAUAAAUCAUUAGGCUGACACCAAAGUACCAUCCCUGGCAUCCGUCUGUCCGCUCUUCCACUCCUCAGCCUAACCUCACGGACAGAUCAACGCUUUCCUGAGCUCGUCCUUCUGACUUACACAGCCUUCUCCCUGUGAACCCGUUUGCCUCCGCCCAUUUGUCAUCCUCCAUCUGCCCUUUGGACCAACUACCCCGUCUCUCUACCUUGACCCAUCAGCAAAUCCACCUGUCUACCUGUCUAUUGUGCCAUCCAAACUGUCCCUCCACCCUACCAUCCCAACAUACCAUCCUUACAUCCAAAUGCUUCCCAGCCCCACGCACACACCAUCCCCACACCCAUGUUCCCUGUCAUCUCUAUCAGUACUCAGAGUUGCAUCAGCCCCCUCAGUGUACCAAAGACACCAGGUCCUCCCAUGCUCCUUCUCUCUGCUUGCCCUAAACUAGCCAGGGCUGCUCUAGGAAUACCUACCCAUGAGGCAGCAUCCAAUAUCCCACUCCCCUACCUCCAGCACUGCCCCUCCAUGGCAUCCAGACACCUCCAGAGAUAUGAGUUCUUGCCAUAGGCAUUAUGGACAGGUUGUACAUGUUCUUCUGGCAGCUGUGACACAUCUGGAGCUGCUUGGGGAGAGAAGGGAACAAGAACUGUGCUGAGAGUGGAUCUGUACACCUGCUUACAAGCUCUGGAAGGCUGUGUUAGGCAGCCAUAUUCCCUGAAAGUAGGGCAGUCCUUGUUUCCAGGAGUCUGUCCAGAAGAGGGAUCUCUGAAGAGAAGAGCAAGCCAGGGCUGGCCUCCUUUGAGACAGGAGUGCUCUCAUCCUCCUGUGCCCCAGGACACUUGUACACUAUUCCCAUCUUCCCUGUUACGAUCCAAGGGGCUCAGAGUUGGACCUGUCCAGUCUGCCCCUACUAAGUCCACUAUGGUAAGGAGUAUUUGCUGGGAGUUUGGGGCCAUCCCCAAACUCCCCUGGUAACUCAUUGCUCUUCCUGAAGCUCCUACUAUGUAGGGAAGUUUCUGAAAUGAGGCUGGGGAGAGACCCCUGGGUUAGCCUCAUGCUGGCAAGAGGAAGAGAAAGAGAAGAUAGGGAGAGAAACCUGAGGCGAGCUGGGCUCAGGGGAACCGUCUAUUCCUGGAGACAGCUCACAGACGAAGCCCAGGACAGUCAACCAACAACUCACAUGAGUCUCCAAAUUCUAGAAAAUUCUGUCUUGUGUUCUGUUCCUUUUCCUUCAAUUUAGCUGGACCUUAGGGUAACAACCCAGACUAGGAAAUAGGAAUGCAGCAUCUGACUCAAAGUAUGGCUCGCUCAUCACAUCCUCCUGCCCCCAACCCAGACAGGAGGCCCAGCAGCCCUCAGCUCACACCAUAGCUCGGGUGAGCACAGAAGCACACAGCCUGUCGGGGGAGCCACUGCCUAUCCCCCUACAGGAGAUGGGAGGGGAGUACUGGAUGUUUUGUUCAUGAAAAGCUGUGUUCACAGCCCUGCACGUCUGGGUGCUGUGACCCGCCACCUACUGCUAUCUACUGCUGUCGUAUAUGUUUGCCCUGUGGGCCACGGAUGCGGUGAUCAGGUUAAUUACAUCUGUGUAAUAAAGUAAGCGUUUGCUAUGA